UUUAAGAAAACAUUUUUAUUUAGAAAUUGAACAACAACAAAUGAUUCAAAUGAAAUCUAGUGCCUGCACCAAAUACCUGCACCAUCUGAGUAAAAAGCAGAAAUGAGGUGAUCUUAAAAAUAAAAUGCUCACGAGGCCAAAUGGCGCUGAAAUAAAUCAAGGUGCAGGAGCAGCAGAGUGUUUCUGUCUCCGUCCUCUGCAGCGUUCAGACUCGAGGCCUGCGGCGUCGACUCAAACCUCCAGAGAUCUGCUGCUAUUAGACGGACGCCGCGUUCCACAUCAGCGGUGGGAUGUUCACACAGGACGUCUGGACGCUGCUGGACUUAAAGGGACACUUUUCUAUUUGCUCGGCAACGAGCUGAAUGUUGCUUCAAUGACUGGGAUUAAAAUGUCACAUCUUUUUUCUUCUCUUUGUAUCUUUUCAACCAAACAUUUGAAUACGUCGCCUUCGGCUGCAGUUACAUUUAUUCACCCAACAAUUAAACCAGCACUUAUUUCUGUUCAUUCACUGAUCGUUUUCUGAAUCCAGGUUUUCCAGGUUUUUCUUCCACCAGCUGUUUGUUUCUGUUCAUCUCAAUAAAAAAUCAGGCAGAGAGAAAAUCCAUCAGAGCGACUCAUUGUGUUAAAAUUCAUUUCUCGUUCAGUGACGUUAUAGAACUGAUUUGAAUUUUAAGUCAUUUUUCCAAAUAGAAAAUAGAAAAUUUUAAACCUGAUUUAAUUUCAGUUUAAAUUUUAAAAAAAGGAACAUGUGUAAUUUGAUUGAUAUAUAAUAGAACAGAAAUAUGUGUUUGUGUAAAAUUUGUGUUUAAUGGCAAAAAAAACAGGACAAGUCUAAUUAUUAUUGCAAACUGAAUUAAACAUUACUUCAAUAUAUUGAGUAACUUCAUUCAACAUCAUAUGUAACAAAAAGAAAUAUUUCUAAAACUGUCUUUUUACAUUAAUUCCCUUUUAAUAUUUAUUUCAGUUUACUUUGUCUUAUUGUAGUUGAAGGAUUAGAAUUAUUUAUUUUUAUGGUUUAAUAAAAAUAAAUCAUAGAUUCAAAUAAAUUAUAAUAAAAUCUGACCCAGUCGAGCUCCUGAUGCAUGAACUGAAAAAAAUGUCUUUCAGACGCAAAUUAAACUGAAUUUACCAGCUGAUUAAAAUGAAACAAUGACCUUCUAUAAUAAAAUAUUCAUCUAACAAUCACUUUGUUUUAUGGUCAAAAGUCAAAUCUGGAAAGUCACAGGAAUAAAAUAAUAAAAUCAGGGAGAAUAUUCCGUAGUUUGAGGCCUGAAAACAGUCAGAGCGAAAACGAUUCCGCUGAUAUUUCCUCAUUUUAAAGGAGCAGUUGUGCAGCCGAUAUUAAAGCCACAGUCGUCAUGUUUCACGAUGACGUCAGCUCUGCAGUGGGAACCAGAAGCGACUGUUUUUCUUUGACUUGUUGUACCAACACAGUAACACACACAUCAUUACCAGUGUCCACAGAGUUGAGUUUUCCCACAUGGAGGCGACGGUGAAACGUAAAUGUGUGUUUAUGUGGAAGCUGCUCGUGUCUCAGCAGGUCCGAUGCUGAUAAAGCCACUGUGGAGGAUUAUGGUAAUAACGGGCUGAACGCCGGGUCCCAGCGCUGCAGGACGGGUGGGCGGUCUGCGGACGCUUAUCAGCGCGUUGCAGUGGGUGAUUCUUCAGAGUCACAUGACGGGCGACACCUUGAUUCACGCUCGCAGCUCGGCGGCUUUAUCAGCAAAUAAGAGCAAAAACGUGGAAGUGAUUGAUGCGUGGUAAUUGUUUCAAAAGCACGAAUGAUCCCGUCGGUCGUCUGGACUGUGCCCGUUUUCAGACGUGGAGCAGAUAUUAUCAGCAAUAACUGGUAAUGAGCUUUCACCUUCACGCCCGCCAUCGCCUUCCAGAGGCAGCGCAACAUUUUCCAAACGCUUGUAAAACUCUUUCUGUGCCUGAUUGUUGCUCGGAAAAGCUUGAAAACAGCCAAAUCAAACAUUUCCAGGUAACAGGCGGCUUUCGCGUGGUCAGAUGCGACAACAUUUGAGCAGCGUUGCAGGUCUGACGUACACCGCCAUCAACUCAUCAGAUAAGAACGCUGCUCUGCGGCUGCUCCAGCAGCACCGACCUUCAGGUUACAGACACAAACCAGUUCCAUGACUGAACCAGCGCUGCUAUUCAGAAUCAGGUUGUAGAGGAAAAAAGAAAGGAAGCCUAGAGCUUCUUUUCCAGGAUCCACAAUGGGAUGACACUGUAUGUACAGUUGCCAAGGAGACAGGAGGCAGAGGAGUAGUUGGAGUCUGUUAAGCCACACAUCCUGUUUCAUUCACACUGCUUCUGGUUUCGUCCUCAGGAGUCACUCACGGAGACGCCACCAAAGACACAACACAGUGGAAGAAAGGACGGACGCUGAGGGACACUGCAGCUUUAAAAGGAUAUAAUUGAGUGCCAAUGAUCACCACAUCAGCUGCAACUAAUGCAGGCAAUCAUCGCGCCUACACCCCCUCGUAUAACGGAGAUCCAGAAUCUGUGAGAGAACCAGAUUCCCAUCAGCAGGCUCAGCUGUGUGUCCGUCACGCUCCCACGCUCACUUCACUUCUCAUUUCUCCGCUGGCUGCAGCUCGCUGGAGCCUGCGCUGACGAAUUAUCUGCUGUCAGGACCUGCCCGGGACGCCGACCGGGAGCGGAGCUGGACCGGGCUGAGCGGGUGGGGGACAGCCAUGCUGUCUGCUGCCGUCCAGAUCCUGGCGUUUGCCCUGGCUCUCCUGGGCGUCCUCGGUGCCACCGUGGCCACUGUCCUGCCCAACUGGAAGGUGAGCAUCAACAUCUGGUCCAACAUCAUGACCCCUAUCUCGCAGAUGCAGGGUCUAUGGAUGGACUGCGUCUGGUACAGCUCUGGCGUCUUCAGCUGCACCAUGAAGAACUCGAUGCUGUCCCUGCCAGCGUAUCUGCAGACCAUGCGGGCCGCCAUGGUUCUGUCCUGCAUGGUGGCCUUGUUUGGACUGUGCCUCGCCUCCCUGGGGCUCAAAUGUACCCGCUGGGGAGGCAGCCACCGAGCGAAGGGACACACGGCCAUCGCAGCAGGGGGCUGCUUCAUCUUGGCCAGCCUUCUCUGCCUGGUCCCCGCGUCCUGGUUCACCAACCAAGUCAUCACCACCUUCCUCACCACGGACCUGCCGGACAGCAGCAAGUAUCAGCCCGGCGGAGCCCUCUGUGUCACGUUUAUCUCCGCUGGCUUCCUCCUGGCUGGAGGAGUCAUUUUCUGCUUGUCAUGUCCCGGAACAAGAACAAGACGACCGGAGUAUGAUUCCUCCGACAGACUGAACCACAAUGAGCAGCAGAGGCGCAAGUGUGAGCACUCGGUAAAACGCACCAGGCAAAACAAAAGCGUCCAGCUGCAGACGGACGAGGUGAAUCCAGAGAAAGCUCAGCAGGAGAAACCUCCAGUGGAACAGGAGCAGAGGCUCGUCUCGUCCAAACUCCCUCAAAAGGACAUCAAGGACAGCUACAGCCUCCAGGAGUACGUUUAAACCUUGUGGCGGAGGUGAAAUGUGGAGUUAUGAGCUCGUAGGACGGGGCGGGAGGGGGGGGCUGUGGGAGGGAAUAAUUACUAAAUGUUGGAAAUGACAGCCACAUCCUUUAAAGGAAACUGCCUGCAGACUGUGGCAGCUUUCCUAAACCAAAGGGACAAGAAAAUGAAAACAUAAUAAAUUGAAAAGCCAUCAUUCUGCCUUCUGAGACUGUGGUGCUCUGACAGCUUUCUACGGCUGAGAUCUGAACAACCAGCCAGCUCCAAAACCGCAAAGAUUCUCAUCAAAUAAAAACCAUCAAACUUAAGGCCAGGACUAAGACUGGACCCCAGAUUAUCACACAUCACAACAUGUCAAACCACUCUGCUGAAAACAAAACAGAAGCAAUAAUUUAUUUAACCUUCCUCACAGUUUCAUAACAACCAACCAGGAAAUACAAGAUUUCCUUGGAAAUAUCCUGAAAUUUACUGAUGAAUGUGUUGAAAGAAAAGUGUAAACGAUGGAGAUGAUGGGAAUUGUUUCCAGUUUCCGCUGUGAGUGCUGGUGGGCGAACAAAGCGUGUGGAUCUUAAAGUACGUGUCUGAUCUUGCUGUCAUUCCUCUGACCUGAGCAGGGGUUUGUAUGUGUGUGCAUGUUGUCAGAGCUGCUUAAAGCCUGUGUUACCUGCGCCUGAAGCAAUAAAAACAAACUGCUGAGCUUCUUAAA